GAAAGUCUAUAAAGGGAGGUAAGCGAUGACAUUUACCAACACUUCAAUUGCUAUUUCCACUCUGUGCAAUGGCAAUCACAAUGAAUUACUUCUUCCUAUCGGCAAUGUUCAUACUUAUUUUCUUGUUCACAUCUCUGGAUUUCACUGCGGCUCAAAUCGGAGUAUGCUACGGACGGAACGGCGCCGGCCUACCCCCUCCAUCCCGAGUGGUGCAGCUAUUCAAGCAAUACAACAUCAAAAGAAUGCGAAUCUACGACACUGACCAAGCCACCCUGGAAGCCCUCCGCGGCUCGGGCAUCGAGCUCACCGUCGGAAUCCUAAACAUGCAGCUCCAAGACAUCGCCAACAGCCGGCCCAACGCGGACCGCUGGGUCCAAACCAACAUCCGCAACUACGGCAACGUCAACUUCCGCACCAUCAUCGUCGGCAACGAGGUCAGCCCAAUCCGGGGCGACACGCAACAGUACGUCCCGUUUCUUCUUAACGCCAUGCGCAACAUCCGCGCCGCCCUCGACGCCGCCAGCCUCGGCUCGAUUAAAGUCACCACAGCCAUCGAGACCGAGGUCGUGGACCCCACCACCAACUUCCCGCCCAGCAAGGGCGACUUCAAGGCCGAGGUGAGGCCGUUUCUCGACCCGAUCGUCGCGUUCCUCUCCGACACCGGCGCUCCUCUCUUCGCCAACAUAUACCCAUUCUUCGCCUAUCUAAACAAUAAGGCGCAGAUUUCGUUCAACUACGCCUUUCUGCAGCCGAACAGCGGCAUCACUGCGGACGGGGUUUAUUACGACAAUCUCUACUACGCGCUCGUGGACGUGAUGAACGCGGCGCUGGAGAAGAGCGCCGCGAGGGUCUCGGGCGCAGCUUCUGCGGACCAGGGCGGGCCGAAGAAGCCGCCCCCGGAGGUGGGAGGGGGGGAGUCGGGGGUGCCGACCGCGGGGUCGGGGGAUGCGACGUCGAGCGUGGAGAAUGCGAGGAUUUAUAACAAUAAUUUGGUGAGGGUUGUGAAGAACGGGACGCCGAGGAGGCCGGGGAAGCCGAUUGAGACGUAUAUAUUUGCGAUGUUUGAUGAGAGUGAUAAGCCCGGCUCGGAGAUGGAGAAGCAUUUCGGGCUUUUUAAUGCCAACGGGGAUCCCAAAUAUCCCAUGAAUUUUAAUUAGCUUAAUGAAGCUCUAGUUAAUGUUCAAGAAAAUAAAGGCCUUUUCUAUGUAGCCUUUGCUUUGUAAGAAUUAAAUGUAAUAAAGAGUUGAUUGAUGGAAUAUAGUACAAUAUUUGUGAA